AGAUAGACGUCUCGGUCUUGGCAUCUGAAAGUCUGAAACGACUGAACCGACGGUGAACCACUACUAAACCGCCAGCAAAAUACACACAUCGCUCGCUACAGUAUCGCGGCAGCUCGACAGCAUGUCGUGGAACCCGGAAGCGCUCCUGAACCCCAAAGCUUCAUCUGCUGCCUCCUCAACCUCAGACUUAACCUCGCAGUCUGGGGCAUCCCCUUCAUUUCAGCAACCAUCAUUUGCACAUCAGAUUCAGAGUGUGCCUUCAAGCCCGACCUUUCAGUUCACAAGUCCUAAUGACCAGCCGCUGAAUAUCGACUUCUCCGGCCUGCCUUAUGGCGCCACCCUGCAUGGUCAUGUGCGCAACACGCCAACCUUUCCCAUUUUCCAAAACGGCUUCGGUCCUCAGGUUGAACGACUCCACAAUGUCCAAGACCGCAUCUCUGUGCCCCAGCCGAAGCGCAGAAAGACGUACAACGAAAAUGACCAUUUGCGUACAAACACGUUUGGAGGGGCCAGCAGCGGAUUGCUUGCGGAAGAGGUCAGACAGAAUGGCACAUCAGGUGCUUCGACGCCAGUGGCCAUGAUGACGAGGCAAACUGAGACAGUCGACUUGACGGAUGGCGACUCAGAAACUGCUCAACCCCGACAGCAGCUCGACCUGACCAAAGAUGAAGAAGUUUGCUACGGUAUGAUCGAGGGAACUACUAUCAACUGCCACCGGGUCCCUGCUCCGAAGCCUGGUAUGGUUUCUCUUCUUGGCGAGGGUUACUGGCCGCAGAUCAAAAUCCUACUGAGGAAGCGAGUGGAUGACACCGACACGAAUAGAAUUCCUGCUUACGAUUGCACUCGCGUCAUCUUUGGGUAUCUUGACGCUAAGACGUCGUAUUGUCUGGGAAACCUCCUGACAUCUGCUAUGGGAAUACGUACUGAUUGUAGGAUCCCGCCAAGACGUAAGAGCAACCCCAACGAGAAAACUGGCGAGGCAAUCUCGGCGGCAGUCCCUUUCGAGCUCAUGCUUUACGGCCCUCGCAAGCUUGCGAUCCAGAUCGGAAACCACUUGGCUAGACAUCAUCUUGCCCUUCUCAGCCCGCCACGCGUCGAGCCUGGCAUCAAGGUCUUCAACCCUCAUGCGAAGGAGAAUAGGCCGGCCCCUCCGGUCCGAGCUAACAGCUUGGGUGGAACAAAUUCCUAUUCUCUGCACCAUUCGGCAACCGCCCGUACUGUUGAGGAGAUUCGCAGCGAAGUGAUGAGUGUCUUUGACUCACUCCCGAAAUCCGAGAGCUUGGAGCAGAUGGAGCCCGACCCGCGUAUUACCACUGAGCUUCUUAAGCACCAAAAGCAAGCCCUUUACUUCAUGACUGAACGUGAGAAAGACCAGAUUCAGGAUUAUGGUGAUAAACUCACACGGUCCACUUGGCAGCGCAGAAAGGAUGCGCGCGGAGUAGAUUUUUAUUACAACGUCGUCACUAUGCAAAGCCAGAGAGAGCGUCCGCCGCCAGCCUUGGGAGGUAUUCUGGCGGAUAUGAUGGGUCUCGGCAAGACGUUGAGUAUUUUGUCACUCCUUACAAAGACCAUGGAUCAGGCUGCGGCUUGGAGCCUUGAAGCUCCUGUUCAACCGCCGAAGCCGCCCGAGAAGAAGCAGCCCAAUGCAGCUAGGUACUUUGAGGUGCCCAAACCUCAAGCUAUGGGCCUAACGCCGGUGCGAUUGAAUGGAAAGGCAACGCUCUUGGUUUGCCCAUUGAGCACGGUUACGAACUGGGAGGAGCAGAUCAAGCAGCAUAUCAAACCCGACACCUUGUCUUACCACAUUUACCAUGGUCCUAACCGUGUGAAGGAUGUGCAGAAACUGGCCCAGUACGACCUCGUCAUCACGACCUACGGAUCGAUCUCAAGCGAACUCAACGCCCGCGCCAAAAACAAGGCAGGCAUAUACCCCUUGGAGGAGAUGGCUUGGUUCCGCAUCGUGCUAGAUGAGGCACAUAUGAUCCGAGAGCAAAACACGUUGGCGUUCAAGUCAAUCUGCCGGCUUCAAGCAAGCCGCCGCUGGGCUGUCACUGGUACGCCGAUCCAGAACAAGCUCGAGGAUCUGGCCUCGCUUCUAGCGUUCCUGCGCGUCAAGCCCUUUGAUGAGAAGAUCAAAUUCUUGCAAUACAUCAUUGCUCCGUUCAAGAACGCCGAUCCCGAAAUCGUGCCGAAGCUUCGCGUUCUCAUCGACACAAUAACGUUGCGUCGCUUGAAGGACAAGAUCAACCUUCCGCCACGAACUGACGAGAUCAUUAGGCUUGACUUCACGCCCGAGGAGAAACGGGUGUAUGACUGGUUUGCACAAACCGCAAAGGAGCGAGUGGCGACUUUGACCGGUCAAGCCAUCGGUCAGGAACGCAUUAUUGGAGGCAAGACAAUGAUCCACAUCUUGCGUUCCAUCUUGCAGCUUCGCCUUAUUUGUGCUCACGGCAAAGAUCUUCUGAACGAAGAUGACCUCAAAGAGCUCCAGGGAAUGACGGCAGACACGGCUAUUGAUCUCGAUAGUGACGAUGAUCAAGCCCAGCUUGUCCUAUCUGAAAGCAAGGCCUACGAGAUGCUCUACCUGAUGCAGGAAGGAAACAGCGACAACUGUGCUAGGUGCAACACUAAGCUGGGUUCCAACGAGGUGGUCGACCUCGAAUCUGAGCGUCAGGAGGAUAUCGUCGGAUACAUGGUCAAGGCUAACUGUUACCACGUCUACUGCAACAAAUGCGUCGACCACAUCAAAAACGAAGCGUGCUCUACAUGUUCGGGCAUAACCAGGCCUGGUUGCAUAGAACUCCACCGUGCCCGUGCUAUGGCCGAACAUGAAUCGAGAACCGCCAAGGUCGAGAACGGAGACGCAAACAAAGACCUCACCGCUUACUCAGGACCACACACCAAGACUCGCGCACUCGUUGCCGAGCUACUGGCCGACAAGCAGAAGAGCGAGGCGGCGCCCCACGAGCCGACGUACAAAUCCGUCGUCUUCUCCGGUUGGACUUCGCAUCUCGAUCUCAUCGAACUCGCCCUCAAUGACGCCGGCAUCACCUUCACCCGCCUCGACGGCAAGAUGACGCGCACAGCCCGCACCGCAGCUAUGGACAAGUUCCGCGAGGACCCUUCGGUACAGGUUAUUCUCGUUAGCAUCAUGGCCGGCGGUCUCGGCCUGAACCUGACCACCGCCAGCAGCGUGUACGUGAUGGAGCCGCAGUUCAACCCGGCGGCGGAGGCGCAGGCUGUCGACCGCGUGCACCGCCUCGGUCAGAAGCGGCCCGUACGGACGGUCAGGUAUAUCAUGGCGAACAGCUUUGAGGAGAAGAUGCUCAGGCUGCAGGAGAAGAAGAAGAAGCUGGCGAGCUUGAGCAUGGAUGGUAGGGAUAAGGGACAGGUGAUGGAUCGCACGGAUGCGGCGAAGCAGAGGUUGAUGGAUUUGAGGAGUCUUUUCAAGUGAAUCUAUUUGACUUGCCUCGAUGCGGUUUAUGGAGGGAUGGAUGGAUGGGUGGUCGCUUCGUUAUUAUCAUUUUUUUUUCCACUUCAAAGACGGGAUAGACGGAUCGGAUCAUGCGCGGG